AUGGUUAGCAAAUCUCUUCGUUGUCGAGAUACCAAUGCCAUAUGGACUGACUGCAAGUCCAACUGUCCGCCUACCUGUGCCAGUAGGUGUAAUCCAUUAAGUUGUACACAAGAUUGCAAAACAAAGGGAUGUCAAUGUAAAUCGGGUUAUUUGGUCGGCAAUAGCGGCAAAUGUGUGACUGAAAAACAAUCUCCUACUUGUCCUGAUCCUAAUGCCAAUUGGGCUGACUGCAAGUCCAACUGUCCGCCUACCUGUGCCAGUAGGUGUAAUCCAUUAAGUUGUACACAAGAGUGCAAAACAAAGGGAUGUCAAUGUAAAUCGGGUUAUUUGGUCGGCAAUAGUGGCAAAUGUGUUACUGAGGAUCAGUGUACAAAUGUCAACAAAUGUUAA